AUGAUACACUUGGUAUUGCAUUUGCCUGAAGAAGCGAUAUUGGGCGGUCCGGUCUUUAUGAGAUGGAUGUAUCCUUUUGAAAGGUACAUGAAAAAAUUGAAGAAUUAUGUGGGAAAUAAGGCACGUCCUGAAGGGUCAAUUGCAGAAGGUUAUGUUGCUGAUGAGGCAGUAACCUUUUGUUCAAUGUACUUUAAAGGGUGUGAAACAAGAUUUAAUCGGCUUGAUCGAAAUGAAGAUGCGCCUUCUGUUAGUCGCUAUCUCUCAGUUUUUAAUUCUCAAUCUCGUCCUUUAACUAGCGGACUUAUCAAGCCUCUUGAUCAUAUCAGUCGUGAAAAAGCUGAGUGGUACAUUCUUCAAAAUUCUCCUGAAAUCCAAGCUUACUUAGAUGAACAUUUGGACAAGAUCAGGCAUGAAUAUCCUAAUGGUAAUCACGAUGUCUUGCAUAGGCAAACUUUCCGUCCGUGGUUUCAUAAGAAGAUAUAUGAGUUGCACAAGCUUGGAACUUUACAAAAUGGUGAUGAGUUACUCGCUCUCGCUUCCGGGUCCGAUUACUUAGCAACAUUUUACGAAGGUUGUGUAGUGAAUGGUGUUCGGUUUAUUGCAUCAAAGCGAGACCAAAAGCGGAAGACACAAAAUAGUGGUGUUACUGUUGCUGGAACUGAAGGGUUUAAUUAUUACGGCACACUUGAAGAUGUAAUCACUAUAUCUUAUACUGGUGCAUAUACACUGUCAUUGUUUGAAUCUACGUUAGCGACAUACCACGGUGGGGAUGGUGAUGGCAGGGAUCCCCCUGAUCCUUCUAGGGGGGGUCCUCCUGGAGAGCAUGUAGUUGAAGCAUGGAAGGAGAUCCAUGUGAAAAAACCGUCUGGAACUUUCGUUAAUGAAUUAGCUGCAAAAGAUUAUGAGGAACUGAUCAAGGAGCUUGAUAGGAAGCGGCUGGAACAACAAUCCCAGAGCGAUACUGGGACUGAAUCUGAAUCUGAUACUGGUUAUCAGUUUGACGUUAUGGAAACAGUUCUAGGCCAAAGAUCUGACUAUCAAAUAGGCGUGGGUAAAAGGCUCAAGGGCAAAGGAAAGAAACCAAUCCCUCAAACUCAAUCAACGGUGCCUCCCCAACCAACUACUGAAAUGAUGAGCACUGUGGCAGAUAUAUUCUCAGCUAUGCGUGCCACUUGGGGGGUAAUUUGA